AUGAGGAAUGAAGGCACGAGUAAAUCGUUCUGUACCUACCAUGAAACAACUGGUUACCACACAAAUAAUUGUAGAAAUUUGAUGAGAUUCAUUGAUGAUAUGGUAAAGAAAAGGAACCUGAAUGAGUUUAUCAUGCAAGAACCAGUAGCUCAGAACAGCAGAUCUCCACCGAAACAGGUCAAAGGCUUCGAAGGACUAUUGCUACCACAUGGUGACAUAAGAUUUACUGUUAAGGAUCUGACCAGUGUAACUAUCCACACUCAGAUGCCUUGGUACGUAGUUGAACUAGUCAUUGACGGAUGGGAUUGCAGAAAGAUCCUCAUAGAUCAAGGGUCGACUUAUGACACUAUAUACCUUCAGGCAGCCGAAAAGAUGCAGCUCACUAAAGAAGGAACACUAAGAGCCAACAACUCAGCUAUUAUGGGUUUCAAUGGUUCAAGGACUUACCCAAUGGGUGAGAGCACCAUGAUAGUGGAAGACGACCCUAUCAAGACAAAUGUCGCCUUUCUGAUAUUGAACACCAAGUCACCCUACGAUGUAAUCUUUGGGAGGGACUGGAUCCACGCAAUGCAAGCCAUACCAUUAAAAAUUGAAGUUCGUGACCAGUUCAGGGGAAUACGUAAUCAAGGGCAAUCAAGUUGUUUCUAA